UUCUUACUUCUAGAACCAACAAGUCAACGUCGAGUAUUGACAAGACGAUGCUCAACGGUUGUGCAACAGCGGUGUCUGCUGAACACAUUCAUCGUACUCUGAUGUUUGAUUGUGAAUUGCACAAUGUGUAAAGGAAUCUAAAACGAGCUUGUUUUUUAAUCAUCUUGUGACCAAUCCAGGAUUCAAUUGGCAAGAAGUGGAAACCGAUACCUUCACCAUAAUUUAUUAAAAACAAUAGUGUCUGGAAAUGGGAAUGGAUAGUCAACUUGAACAAAAUCAAAAUAUGCCAAAAGUUGACUUGUUAAAAGACGCAGGAAAACUCAAAUUUACAGAUGUAGUAUACAUGAAACGCCUAGAGGAGCAAAAUCUGCAAAGAGCAAAAAGGGUACAAGGAUAUCGCAAAUCUAAUAAUCGCUUGGCUUUUGCCUUAAGCCUUGGUGUCAUUGGGAUUUAUACAUAUACAAUAUAUUCGGUUAAGCAGGAAAAAUUCUUAGAUGAUUUUGAAGAGCCAGAAAAGAGUAUCGAGAAGCGUGCAUAAAAUAAUUUAGUUUUGAAUAAAACAAUUUCUAGCUUACACUAAAAACUUUAUGUUUGCAUAAGCUUGUAUAUAAUAGAUUAAAGAGUUCUGAAACAAUA